AUGUUGACAGGACGAAACAACACACUCACACCACCCAGUUACUACAUCUUAGAUAACCUUAUCACGAACAUCUCGCCAUUUUUCUCCAUCUUACAAUCUCCCUUUUCUGAUUUUCUCAUCUCCCUACUAUAAUGUCAAUACCACAUAAUCCUCUACACUCUAACCCACCAUUAAUUUCUUCCUCCCUUAAUUUCUACCCUCCAUUUCAUCAAUCACACCAUCUCUUGUAGACCCCACUAUCCCUGAUUCUCAUACUAACAGCCUCAAAAUUUUACUACUAUUUGUUAUUUAAACAAACAAACACUAUACUCCACAGAAUCUUCACCUUAUUUUCUCUUUCUCUCUCUAGCAAUGGAGUCGCGAGUGUUGUCACGUGCAACCACAGUGGCCGCCCUUCCGAAGCUUUUCCGACCCGUAAGAGAGUCUUCGGGUUUGGGUGUGUCCACCGGAAUUAAACCCCCGGUUGGAUUGGUUAAAGAUGGAGGGAAUUUGAUUUGGGGAAGGCAACUUAGGCCGGCUUUGCUUAUUGAACCGGUUCCAAAUAGCCAGGUUGGCUGUAGGAGGGAGAAAAUUGCGGUUCAACCGUGUCGUGCUGCUAGUGAAUCUUCCGGGGAAGCGAAAGUUGGGUUUUUGGAGAAGUAUCCUGCUCUUACCACCGGAUUUUUCUUCUUCAUGUGGUACUUCCUGAAUGUGAUAUUCAACAUUCUUAACAAGAAGAUCUACAAUUACUUCCCAUAUCCUUAUUUCGUGUCGGUCAUCCAUUUAUUGGUUGGAGUGAUAUACUGUUUGGUGAGCUGGUCAGUGGGCCUUCCUAAACGUGCUCCUAUUGACGGCAACCUCCUGAAGCUGCUGAUUCCAGUUGCUAUAUGUCAUGGUGUAGGCCAUGUUACCAGCAACAUCUCUUUUGCAGCUGUUGCAGUGUCUUUCACCCACACCAUUAAAGCCUUGGAGCCCUUCUUCAAUGCUGCUGCUUCUCAAUUCAUCCUUGGACAGCAAAUUCCCAUUACUCUCUGGCUCUCUUUGGCUCCUGUUGUGAUUGGUGUUUCUAUGGCUUCUCUGACCGAGUUAUCAUUCAACUGGCUUGGCUUUGUCAGCGCUAUGAUUUCCAAUAUUUCCUUCACUUACAGGAGUAUUUACUCAAAGAAAGCCAUGACUGGCAUGGACAGUACUAACGUCUAUGCCUACAUUUCCAUCAUCUCUCUGUUUGUUUGCCUCCCACCUGCCAUAAUCAUCGAGGGUCCUCAACUUAUGAAGCAUGGAUUCAGUGACGCCAUUGCAAAAGUGGGAAUGACCAAAUUCCUUUCUGACCUUUUCUGGGUUGGAAUGUUUUACCAUCUUUACAACCAGCUAGCUACCAACACCUUAGAGAGGGUAGCGCCACUUACACACGCAGUCGGAAAUGUCUUGAAACGAGUGUUUGUCAUCGGGUUUUCCAUCGUUGUCUUUGGCAACAGGAUUUCAACACAAACAGCCAUCGGAACAAGCAUUGCUAUUGCCGGUGUUGCAUGCUAUUCCUUCAUUAAGGCCAAAAUGGAAGAAGAGAAAAGACAAAAGAAGUCUGCUUGAGUUGAUCGUCUCAGGACCGAGAGCUUCAUUGGCUUGGAAGGAACAUUGCUGUAGAUUUCGAUAAUUUCCCUUCCUGGAAAAGGAGAACAACGAAAAUGUUGUAAAAUUAUUUUUUUUACGCGUCAAUUUAUUUGAUUUGGAGAAUGAACAACUAUCAAUCUGUAAUCUUCUUGUAUUCAAUAAUGAGUAUACUAUAUUGUACUA